AUGUCGCCUAUGGAACAUCGCGGUUCUGGUCAAGAUUUUCAAAAAAAAUAUCCGUUGCACCUUCAUUUAUUGCUCCAACAGUCAUAUUUUUUGAAAUUUUGGACGUUGGAGGCCUCCUUUUCUAUAAAUUGGAGCCUCCACUCCUCAUUUUUACACACACAAACACAAAUUCUUUCCAUACUCUUGCAUAUCUCACUCCACUUACAAUUUUGUUUCCUUCUUCAUCAUGGGCAAGGACAAGAGCAGGGCCGCUACCUCCGGGAAAUCAAAGUCCAAAUCCCGGGCGCCUACGUCAUCCUGCGAGGAGUGCCUCUACUAUGGCGACGGGUCAUACCUUUGGUUUGACUCCGAGGAGGAGCGCACCCGUUUCCUCACCUUCUUCUCUAAAUGGGUUGUGGCUCCCCCACGCAUCAUCCCGGAGCGUUACCCGGAGUUGGAGGGCUACGACGACCUCGACGCGCAGCUUCAUCAAGCAGGCCUUUGGCCGUUCGUCUCCCGGGCACGCAAGGAGAUCAACCCGGCGCUGAUCCGGGCCUUCUACUCCAACCUCCGGCGUGAGGACGACGUGCUCUACUCGCUCGUCAAGAGCACGCCGAUCGAGCUCACCGUGGAGCAGCUUGGGCGCAUCGCCGGCCUCCCCUUCCAAGGCGACGAUGUGUCUCACUAUGGUGGAGAGGAUUGGGUGCUCAACAACGAGGGCCUUAUCCUCAACGAGCUUGGCAUCACCGAGCUCAAACGCCAUGCCUCGGGCCGCCCAACCAUCCACUCCGCCAACCCCGAAGGCCGCCUCGGGGAGCUUGAUGGACGAACUGGAGCAAUCGCGGCCGCUGCCACCCGCGGCUCGCCGGAAGAGUGGGAGCUCGUCGGAGGGCCGCCGCCGCUGUCUGUGGCCCACCGGAGGAAGUGGGAGCUUGCUUCUUCCGGGCCAAGAGGGCUCGCAGGUCUGGGAGGAUACUCACCGACCCUAGUGGAGGGUACUGCCGGCGUCCCCCUACCGCGUGCUCGCUGCUCGCCGGAAAGAUCCCCGCGGUCCGCGGCUCGGCGACGGAGGGAGGAGUUUCCGGAGCUAGAGGAGUCGCUUGUCUACUGGACCGCCAUGCUGGCCGCAGUCGCCAAGGGCUCGUCGAAGCUUGUCGCUGGUUAUGACUCUGCUGGAUCUCCCAGCGGUCACGGAUCUAAGCUCGCCGGAGAGAGGCUCGCCAAUGGCUCGCCGGAGAGGACCGGGAGUGGCUCGCCGGAGGAAGGAGGUAUUCACCAGAGGCCAGCCGCUGUCCGUGGCUCGCCGUAGGAGGAGCUCACUGCCCAGAUUUGGUGAUGCGA